AUGACAACCACUUCCGAAGGUCCAAGUCAGCUAUUUAAUGGUUCUCUUCCUGUAACAUUAUUACAACCUAAUAUAAAUGGACCUGAAUAUAUAUCAUCGGUAGUUGAAGUAGUCCUGAAAAUUGCGGAAAGACGAUUCGAUAGCAACGAAAAGGAGUGCCGCAUAGAAAUAAGUCGGCCUGACGAGUUCGAAUUUCUGUAUGCUGAGGGUAUUACGAGGACGAAGUACCAGUCAUUGGCCAAGUCAUGGAACUUGAAUGUGGAUUUUGAUGACUUCCCAGCAAGAAUUGUUCGGUUACUACGUGAACGAAAAGGCGCCACUUCCCCAGUCCAGCUGACUUGUACACUUAGCCAAGACCUCUCAAUAUGCACUUUUGAAUUGGUACACAUCAUUGAUAUGUAUACGGUUCGGAUCCCGAUAGAAUUGAAAGCAGUCCGGGGCAAGGAUUUGUUAUGCCACGUUACGAACAACAUGCGGUCUUUACAGGUUCAACUAAGCGCUCUGAAAACAGAAAAGAAAAAAUGUGAGCAGGAGUGUGAGGAAUUGAAGCACAGUGUUGAAGAACUGCGGGAUUUCCGCACAAAAGCAGAGUUGGAAAAGUCGCAACUUGAACAGCGGGUAAAGGAAGCUGAAAAACGUGCAGCAGAUGAAGCACUAAAAAGAGAAGAAUUUGAGCAGGAUCUGCAAUUGGAACGCGAUGAGCGUGAUUCUGCAUUGAACACUAUAGAAUCGUUGAAAGACGAUCUAGCCGAAGCAGAGAAGAAAGCUCGUGAACUGGAAGAAGAACUUGAUCAAUGCGAGGAGGAAUGCGAGGAUCUUGGUGUUAGAUUGCGAGAGUCUAAUGCAGUUAUUACUCGCCUUCGCAGUGAGAAGGAAGACUUAAUCGCUGCUUACGAGAAAGCAAAGAAAGACCUCAGCAAAGCUAACCAUGUCAUUUCCAAGUAUUUAAAGGGCGAAAUGCACAAUGCAUCGAACAGAAGUCUAGACGAAAGGAAGAACGAGAUGGCCGCGGAUUUGAAGAUGAAGGAGUCUCUUAUUGAUGAAAUGACAGCUUCGAUUGCCGACUACAAGAAAAAGGUAGAAGAUCUAACGAAAGAGAACAAAGAACUACAAGAUACUCUUCAAACUAUGGAAGCGGAGAGGGCACGAACUUCUCGCGUGAUUGAAAUGUACCGCAACCAACAACGUGCUGUCGCCUCUCGUUCAGUAGGAGCAUCGCCUCCGAUCAUUACCGGAUUUGGUCCCACUACUGGUUUCCUCGGUGGCCGGACAAGUCCUCUGGGCAGUUUCGUUCCAUCAACGCCCACCAAUUUCAGAAAUGUUUUGGGAAAGACUUUGCAAUCUAGUACAGCACUGGUGACACCAUCAAUGCGUAACACUCCUCCUGCAGCGAACCUAAAAUAUGGGACCACAACAACGGGUAGAGAGAACUUCCCUCCUUCAACCUUUGCCGCGGAAAAAGUCCCACCACAAGAAUCUGCGCUAAAGUGA